AUGGGGCAUGGCAUUGAGGCGGUGCUAAUAUCUCCAGAAGAGAAUUAUUACCCUUGUACUACAAGGUUAGAUUUUAAUUGCACAAAUAAUGUUACUGAAUAUGAAACAUGUGAAUGGGAGAUCAGAGACCCAAAAUUAGUAUUAUAUCAAAGGCACAUAACCGAGCAGGCUUUAAAAAAUGAUAAGAGGAUCAUUCAAAGAUUAGCAGCAGGUUUUAUGCUUGAUGGAAAAAUCCUGUAUAAAAAGAGUCGAGACCAAAUUUUGCUAAGGUGCGUUGAUGUUGUGAAAGCAAGAAAGACACUUGAAGAAGUACAUGAAAAAAUUUAUGAAACACAUGCUAACGGGCAUAUGAUGGUUAAACAGAUUAUGAGAGCUGGUUACUACUGGUCUAUAAUAGAAAAUGAUUGCAUCAAGGCCACCCCGCUUUCACUAGUGUAUAAGAUGGAAGUUAUACUACCAAUUGAAGUGGAAAUUUCUUCUCUAAGAGUGUUGAUAGAGGCAAAACUUGAUGAAGUAGAAUGGGUCCAGGAUCGUUUCGACAUGACAAUAGAGGAAAAUGGACGUCCAAUUGAAAAGGUAAAGCUCGAAGAAAGUCUUUCAAAGAACGAAAGAGUGGCACCAAAUAAAUGA